CAACGAAUUAGCGAUAGCUUUACUAAAGCGAUCCUAGCGAGUAGCGAGUCAUCAGCAUGGCUGCUCCUGCUGUCUUCCCCCGUGAGGCCAGCGCCUCCACGCCGGAAGCCGACGAGGCAAAAGAAAUCUACGAGGAAGCCCGUGGGGUGGUGUCCACCUACGAGACCGUGCCCGGCGGAGCCACGAUGGAUUACCGCCGCCACCCCGACGGCUGGUACAUAACGCCGUCGAUCAUGGUGGGCUCCGUGGUCGCGCAGCAGCGCUUUGAGGCGCGUGGCACCGACGUGCUCCUUGUUACGAUGCCCAAGUGCGGGACUACCUGGAUCAAGGCCCUCCUCUAUGCCGCGGCCCACCGCAGCGACGCCGACGCAUCAUCGUCCGUGCUCCGGCAGCUCGCCUCCCACAACUCCCACCAGCUCGUCCCUUUCCUCGAGGCCCAGGUCUACACCAAGGACCGGAUCCCUGACCUGAGCUCGCUCCCCGCGCCGCGGCUCUUCGCCACGCACAUCCCGGCCGAGUCGCUGCCGCCCUCCAUCGCGGCGUCAGACUGCAAGGUGGUGUACUUGUGCCGGGACCCCAAGGACUGCUUCGUGUCUCUGUGGCACUUCAUGAACAAGUUCACCUCCUGGGGCAUCGACGAGGCACACGGCCGGUUCUGCGACGGCGUCUCGCCGUACGGGCCCUUCUGGGAGCACGUGCUGGGCUACUGGCGCUGGCACGUCGAGAGGCCGGGCCAGGUGCUCUUCCUGACUUACGAGGAGCUCAGCGCCGACCCGCUCGGCCAGCUGAGGCGCCUCGCCGAGUUCAUCGGGCGCCCCUUCACGCCGGGGGAGCAGGAUGCCGGAGUGGACAGGGAGAUCGCGGAGGCAUGCGCCAUGAAGAGCAUGGCCGACCAGGAGGUGAACCGGUCGGGGACGACCGAAAUCGUUGAGAGGACCAUGCCCAACGGGGUCUUCUUCCGGCGCGGCGUGGUCGGGGACUGGACCAACCACCUCACGCCGGAGAUGGCGGGAAGGAUUGAUGAGAUUACCAAGGGCAAGUUCAAAGGAUCCGGUCUCAUGCUGCACAAAACAAUCUCGGAAAUCCCCAAGAUCUAGCAUUCCUACGCCGCGUUUGAUGUUUGCAAUCGUUCACCUUAAUUUUCUUGCUCUUGUUGUAAACUGCAGCCUGGUGCAGCCUGGCGGCUUUGGCUUGCCUGAAUAAAAAACUUGCAUUGUUUUUGCUGAUCAA